CCGCCGCUCUGCGCGGCGCCGGCCCCGCCCUCAUCGGGUGUUUGUGGUGGGGCUGCGGCGUCGUGGAUCCCGCCGGAAGCGCCAGGACAAUGGGGACCCGGGACGACGAGUACGACUACCUAUUCAAAGUGGUGCUCAUCGGGGACUCGGGUGUGGGGAAGAGCAACCUGCUGUCCCGCUUUACCCGCAACGAAUUCAACCUGGAGAGCAAGAGCACCAUUGGUGUGGAGUUUGCCACCCGCAGUAUCCAGGUGGACGGCAAGACCAUCAAGGCGCAGAUCUGGGACACCGCUGGCCAGGAACGCUACCGUGCCAUCACCUCCGCGUACUACCGAGGUGCAGUGGGUGCACUGCUGGUGUAUGACAUCGCCAAGCACCUGACAUACGAGAAUGUGGAACGCUGGCUGAAGGAGCUGAGGGACCAUGCUGACAGUAACAUCGUUAUCAUGCUGGUGGGCAACAAGAGUGACCUGCGCCACCUGCGGGCUGUGCCCACUGAUGAGGCCCGAGCCUUCGCAGAGAAGAACAACUUGUCCUUCAUUGAGACCUCAGCCUUGGACUCCACCAACGUAGAGGAAGCUUUCAAGAACAUUCUCACAGAGAUCUACCGCAUCGUGUCACAGAAGCAAAUUGCAGACCGCGCAGCCCAUGAUGAGUCCCCUGGUAACAACGUGGUGGACAUCAGCGUGCCACCCACUACUGAUGGACAGAAACCGAACAAGCUGCAGUGCUGCCAGAACCUGUGACUGCCCCGUGCCUCGUCCAAAUAUGCGUGCGUGCACAUCUUCAUCCUUCGCCUGCCCCUCAUCAUGAUGUCUUCUCUGA